AUGGUCGAUCAACACCUAGUUAAGGAAAAUCUAUUUUCAUUUUGGUUGAACCAACAAUCCGAGGAUGGUGAAGGGGGUGAAAUCGUUUUUGGUGGCGUUGAUCCGAAGCACUAUAAGGGUACACAUACUUACGUUCCAGUGACGCAAAAGGGUUAUUGGCAGUUCGAAAUGGGUGAUGUACUUAUUGGUGGGAAACCUACUGGCUUUUGUAAAGAUGGAUGUUCCGCAAUUGUAGAUUCAGGAAUUUCAGUGAUAGCAGGUCCAAUGAAUGCCAUCACAGAGAUAAAUCUUGCCAUCGGGACUAUGGGAAUUAUUAAUGACCAAUGUAAGAAAGCUAUUGGGAAUGUGGGAAACCUAGUCUUUGAUAUGUUUGCCGCAAUGUUUAAAGAACCUGGGAAGUUAUGUUCCCACAUCACAAUCUGUAUUCCUGGUGAUAAAGCUACCGACGGUAGUGACAUUAGGAGUGUGGUCGAUAUUAGUGAUGGUUUAACUGGACCUCCACAAAUCCCAAUAUGUAAAGCAUGUGAGAUUGUAGUAGACUUCUGGCAUAAAGUGCUCACAAACAACAUGUCACGAGGUGCGGUCAUAACAUUAGGCAGCCAACUAUGUGCUGUGACAGGUUUAGCGGGAGUGUCAACUGUAGACUGUGCAAGACUUCCAUUUAUGCCUACUAUUUCAUUUACCAUUGGGGGCAAAGAAUUUGAACUUUCUCCUAAUGAGUACAUAACUAAGAUUGGCGAGGGUGCUAGUGCUCAGUGUAUAAGUACCUUCAUUCCUCUGGAUAAUCCUCCUGAGGUUGGCCCACUUUGGAUACUGGGUGAUGCAUUUAUGCGUCGUUACCACACUAUAUUUGAUCAUGGUAAUCUCAGAAUUGGAUUUGCAGAAUCGGCUUAA